GCGUAUUUCUUGUGCGGCAGUUUGCGAUUUCGACUGCGAUGGACGCCGAACAGAUCGAAGCCAUGGAAGCCAGCAUCCAAGAGAAGCUCCGCGCGAUGGAGGCCAUGGAAGGCCUGCCCAAGGAGGUCGAGGCCGAGAUGGAGCCCAUCGAAGAGAGCUCGACCGAAGAGGCCAAAUCGGUCGCGUCGUCGGGCGACCACCAUCAUGCUCAGCCGGCGUCGCUCACCGACUACGAAGACCACUCGUCGCCGAUGCACCACGCAUCGUAUGCGAUGAGCCAGCCCGAGAUCCCGCGCCCGCCCCGGAAGGCCAAGUACGCGUACGUCCGCCCGCGCUACAUGGACGUUGAGCGGUCGCCGCUCUUCAUCCGGCACCGCGAAGAGCAAAUGCUCCGGCGGCGCGAGCUCGAGCAGUUCAACAACUUGCGUGCGCAGCAGCGCAAGGAAGCGUGGGAGAUGCUUCUGCGGCAAAAGCAGGAGGCCGAGGCCAAGGAGCGACAAGUGAUCCAGGACCGCAACAUGGACGCGCACAGCUUUCGCCAAAUGAUGAAGACGCCGUCGAGCUUCACCAAGGAAGAGGACACCCGGCAUUCGAUGCCUGCGCGCAUGUCGCUCUCGAGCGUCCGCUCGUUCCGCCCCAACUCGGCCAAGAUGGCCCCCGCCGUGUGAUUCCGCCUACUGUAUUGCCUCCAUGUCUGUGAAUAUAUGAUGAUCCAACUACUGAUAACCAUCUUCUUCAAAGGGCAAGGUGGUCGCAGAAAGGCAACGUCGAAAACACCCAACUUUUUUCAACAUUCAACGCGACACGCCCGCCAGUGAUCGGGCAGCCGACGUAUGGCUCCUGUGGCUCCACAUAUCGAAUCGCUCGCCUUCAACAGUACCUUCAACGGCCGCCGGUUGAGGUCAAGCGGCGUCGGUAGGAAGCCGCUCCGUGUAUUGACACAGUGGACGUCGACGAGCCAGAGACACGGCCAUGGGAGCAUUGCGUGCGUUUAGACACUGGCUUCAUGGACCCGCAACUGCGGCAACGCUGGCUUUCUGCGCGAAGCACAACAUCGCGACACGCUCGUCGUCUGAGCACCUCCCGUCCUUGCACUUUGGCUACACCUUGCAGCUACUCUUGCUGCGAGUACUAUACUAUAGUAGCUUCCAGUCGCGCGUUGCUAAACGUUAGAGACGAUUGUCAAUGAAAACGAUAGACAAUAUUGUUGCGAUAUUUAGAACUCCGUGUCGGCCAUUGCCGUCGCAAACCGGA